ACGUCUACGCGUGCCCGAUGGUCUGGUCGUGCCGCAACAUCAUGGCCACUCCAAAAUCCACAUGGUGUCACUAUAACUAAGGUGCGGCGGUGAACCUGUGUCGGCUUUUUAACUUCGCGAGUGAUUCUUGUAACUUCAUUUCAUAGAACAGUUUGGGAGAUACUUUUUGCUGUAUGAAGUGAAAAUUGGGACAUCUGAUCUAGCUUCACUGCAAAUAUUAAACUGAAAUAUUAAGAUUUAGUGCUGCUUUUAACCGAGAAAUUAGGCUUACUGCUGUAACAUAUCCUGUCAUCUUAACUGUCUGAGAACCAUGGAUAUGCCAUCCCUCAUCAGUGAAUCGCCAAGCUCUCCAAACUAUUCCAUAAUCUUCAACUUUGAAGAGAACUUUGAUAAAAGCUUAAAAAGACAAUGGAUGAUAGCACACUGGCAUCAAGCUUUUUACUACAUUGGCAUCUACAUGCUUCUCAUAUUCGGUGGCCAAGCAUACAUGCAAUCAAGAUCUAGAUUCGAACUUAGAAGAACCCUUGCCGCCUGGAAUGUCUUCCUCGCGGCCUUCUCUAUCUUCGGUCUCUGCCGGACUUUGCCAGAACUCGCCCACGUUCUAAACGAGUUCGGGUUCACCCAUUCCGUAUGCAAUCCAAGUUUUAUCGAAGAAGUUAAAGUGAGUGGAUUUUGGACUUGGAUGUUCACUUUGUCUAAAGUUCCUGAAUUGGGUGAUACUAUCUUCAUUGUCCUCCGAAAGCAGCAGCUGAUAUUUCUCCACUGGUACCACCACAUCACUGUUCUUCUUUUUACUUGGUACAGCUACACCGAGCACAUUGCCCCUGCUCGAUGGUUUGUUGUGAUGAAUUACUUUGCUCACUCCAUGAUGUAUACUUACUACGCGAUGAGGGCCAUGCGCUUCAAGAUGCCACGCUUCGUAGCCAUCCUCAUUACUUCGUCUCAGAUUCUUCAGAUGGUCGCUGGCUGUUUUGUCAGCUACUUUGGUUACAUCACCAGGCAAAGGGGACAGUUUUGCCAACUACCAGAUGAUAUCGCCAACUACGCAAUACUAAUGUAUACAUCCUACUUUGUGUUGUUUGCCCGUUUCUUUUAUGGUACUUACCUCUCGCCUCCAAGUAAAGCCAAGAAACUAGACUAAUGUUACUGAAUGCUAGCUCUUAAAUGACAUUCUUAACCUUUUUCCCAUUGUGAAAAUUACCAAACCAUUUAUGCCAAUUUUAUUUCAAGUCAAUAGCUUGGUGGGAUGGUUUGUGAACUCUUAUAGUGAUUGAUCAACAUUUUUUAGCUGCAUCACUUGGGAUUCCAUUCUGAAGGUGUUUUUUUUAAUUUUAUUUGGGUGCAAAUGCUAGGUUACCAUAUACUAUAGUGCUACUAAAAGCAUGUUCAAAUGUAAAAAAUGAAAAUAUAUUAGGGAAUUAACAUAAGCAUAAAUUAGAUUUAAAAGUAAAAAAAAAUGAUCUGGCAGGUGAUUGGCUUUUAAAAUUUGAGCACUGAAAUCUGCUUCAUCGAGCUAAGUAAUCGCACAUAGAUCAUUAAAAAAAGAAGUCAUUUGAACAUUUUUAUGUGGAUAAAAAUUUUGUCCUGAUUUAGCUAGUUCAUAAAUUUGAUGCAGCUUAUUGUAAAUGGCCUCCAAUAUGAAACUGUUAUUGUUAAUUUAUUUUCAAUUGUUGUAUUCCAGCUUUACUGUGAAGACAUUGUAAAUAUGUAGUUAUGUGAAUUGUGUUUUAUAGAGUGUAAUCAAAAUUGUUUAUUUGAACCGAAUUUAAGUUUUAUUAUAAAUGUUUUGAGUUACCUUUAGGAAGUUUUGAUUCGAAUGAAGUUACACUGUCCAAAUUAAAGCUUUGUUAUAAACCUUGCUAAUGUUUUUACAUUAGUCAUUUUUUUUUAAAAAAAAUUUCUAGAUGUAGUUUGAGACAAAAUUCCACUUUAUUUUUGUUAUUAUUAAGAGUCCCAAAAGCUUGAAGUAAUAUCGAGUAAAUGUUAUAAAUGCUUAAAGCUGGUAUGAAAAAUAUUUGCUUUAGUAUGCUUUUUCUUUAAGGGCCUUCUUUAUCUUUGUAGUAUAGAAAUCUGUCUUAACUGUAAAUUAAGCGUUGCAGUAAUUUUGUUGUAGUUUUUUUUCAUUGAACAAUGUUUGGGACGUUAGUUGUCUCUUUAUUUUUUCUUCUCCAGCUUCCCUUUAGUAUUUGGGCAUAACAAUUCAAAACAUAAAUUGAAAAUUAUUUUUAAAGCAUUUAGAAAAUAUAAAUUUGAUGUUUUGUUAAGUUUUUUACUUUUUUCCUGUGUGCUAUUUAUUCACUAAGAAUAUAAUUUAUAUAACUAAGAAUUUUUUAUUACACCAGAACCUAUUUCUUCGCUAGAAAAAUUGUAAAAGAAAAGUUAAAUGAAGCAUGAAUUGUAUGAAAUGUCUAAAGUAAUUUCUUAUAUUAAUGCAAGAAGACUAAUGUUUAAAGUAAUGUUUAACUUUUGUUUAAAAUACUUAUGUUUUUUUUUUAAUGUAUGUUGGUUAAAUGUCUCCCUCUUUAAAACUGUUAUGUUUUGAUAGAUAUUGUACUACACAUUUUUAGCUUAUGGUGCUAAUAGAUAAAAUUCCAUUUUGGAAUAAAAUGAUCCCUUCCCCUCAUUCAGGGCUCUAAACAUGUUUUCCAAUGUUAACAUUCCACUGCUUGUUAUUUUAAAGGGUAUGUGUAAAAAUUGUGUAAUCAAAAUGCUUGAGAAACGAGCUUUGCGGAAUUUGUUGAAAAAGCUCAAAAUUUUGGAGGUCAUGUAGUUGUGCCAUUAGACAUAAAAAAAUUACUGUUUUCAUAAUAGGGCUCAUUAAAUACAUCGAAUUAUUUAUAAAAUUUUGCCUAAACAGGUCUUUACUGGUUCCAAAUUUUAUUUUCUCGUGUUUUAUUGAUGGUGCCAUCAAUCGAUAGAAUUUGAUUUUUUUAACAUUCUUUACACGUUUUAAAUUUUUUUUCAACCUUUCAUUGAUGCAUUGAUGGGUAAAGUAUGGGGACAUCAAUUAAUCAUAGUUGUAUUUCAUUACACUUCAAAUUUUUAAGCGUUUUUAAAAUUGUCUCUUCUCAUGUUUUAAAAUUUCCUUUCUUCUCCUACAUUGAAAGGGUGCGUAGAGUUUUUAAAAAGCCCUUAAAGGUGUGUGUUUU